AUGGAGAAGACCUUUCAGGAACAUGUUCCCUCCGCUUAUCACGACUUUAAAGACAUAUUCGACAAAGAGGAGUUCGAUCAGCUACCUCCUUGCACUCCUUACGACCAUGCGCUUGAGCUUACGAAAGAAUUCAAACCUAUACAUAUGAAAAACUAUCCUAUGGCUCCCGCAGAACGAGAAGCGCUUGACCGCUUCCUAGAAGAGAACUUACGCUCGGGACAUAUUCGACCGUCCAAGUCUCCCAUGGCUUCACCAUUCUUCUUCAUCAAGAAGAAAGAUGGCUCCCUUCGCCCGGUACAGGACUACCGCAAGCUGAACGACAUGACUAU